AUGCAAGCCAUCCGAGUUCACCCAGCACCUACGUCAUCAACAGCCUAUUCCCCAACAAAUCCAGCCCCCACAUCAGCUCUCCACAUCGACAGAAUCCCAAUUCAACAUCCAAAAAAGACGGGUGAACUUCUGAUUCGCAUAAAUGCAACAACAGUAGUCCGAGACAUGUUAACAUGGCCCGAAACAUACCAGCUUGAGUAUUCAAUUCCCGGCAACGACUUUUCUGGCACAGUUGUGGAGGUAUUCUCCGAUGACUCCAGUUCCGCCUUCAAACCCGGAGACGAGGUCUUUGGAAUGGCAAAUGCAAACCGUGGAUCUACAUGGGCUGAGUACUCAAUUAUCCUUGAGAACGAGGUUGCGCUGAAACCUAAGGCGCUUGGGUGGGAACAGGCUGCUGCUUUGCCGUUGAGUGCGCAAACGGCUUAUGAGGCUCUCUUUGACCAUGCCGGUGUACCUUUGCCGGAAGGGGGAAAGCCUUCUAGCACUGAAGAACAGAACAAGAAGAUUUUGAUCACUGGUGCUGCUGGUGGCGUUGGGCUAUAUCUUGUGCAGUUAGCUGCGAGUGCUGGAUUACAUGUUGUCGCCGCUACGAGCUCGAACGAUCGGAAUAGCGAGCUGCUUCAGAGUUUGGGUGCUGACGAAGCUAUUGAGUAUGGCGAUCUUGGAAGCAAAGGAGGUGUCUUCAACAUUAUCAUCGAUACUGUUGGUGGGGAUCUACUAGCCCGAUGCUGGGACUACGUUGAAGAAUCUGGGUCCCUUAUCUCAGUGGACUCGGCCAGUUUCAAUUUUGUGGAAGAGCAUCGGAAGCGUGGGCUUGUGAAGGCGGGUGUUAAGGCUUUGUUCUUUAUUGUUGAGGGUAGUAGUAAAGUAUUGCAUGAUUUGGCUGUAUUGGUUGAUCGAGGAGAUUUACGCUCGUUUGUUGCAAGGAGUUUUCCGCUUGCACAAGUGAGGGAGGCUUAUGAUUAUGCUAAUGGUAGGUUUUCUGGGAGAGGAAAGAUUGUAAUCACGAUGCUAUAG